AUGCCGCCCAUGAUACGACCAGAUGACGCAUUUGACGAGACGCCGGUGUACGUCCAACUCUUCCACAAGGACAUUGAUUGCCCCAUGCGGUUGGUCGAUGUGCCUGGUCUGAGCCGCGGCAAUCGUCUCACAACCAAAAUUGCGUUGUCGUUCAUCAAGCCAGACAAUGCUGUCAUCCUGGUCGUGGGAAAGGAUCAUCCCAACAACGGCGGCUUCCCGCAUUUGGCAGCGGCCAUGAGGGAGUGCUCACGCACAAUUGUUGUGCAAAACUUCGCGAACACGAAGAUCCAGGACAAUCAGGUGACGGAAAACUACAACGUCAUCUACGAGAAGAUGAGUGGCCGUACCGAUUUGGUCCUCUACUGCAUUGACUACGGCUUGCCAUACGAGCCCGGGCUGCCACUAUGGCAAGAAGGGUACGACCAGCAAGAUUGGCACAAGAUCAACAAAGAGCAAGGCCUGCAAGCGGUCCGGAGAUCAAUGGUGCAGCACACAGAGAUGAGGGCCAAGCAGCUGCAAGAGCGCUUCAAGGACAGUAAAGUGUUCUCCAACGUGAUCGUCCCUGGCAUCGACCUUGUCAGGAAGAAACUCAAUGAGUUCCAGUUCCAUGACAUUGAUGGUCACAUUGGCAGAUUGCAAGAAGAGCUGAAACGCCAAAUUGCCAAGCGACAGUCAGAGCUGGAGCGCGCCCAAGCUCGCGUGAAGCAGCUGCAGUUUCCACCAGAGUGGGACAACAUGCUGGCCUCAUUCGCAGCGACGGUCAGAAAGUACUUGGAUGCUACGCAUAACGCCACUGAGAUGUACGACCCUACGACUGGCGCCAUCAAGGACGAUGAUUCCGUGCUGUGGACAUCGGAGGAUGAAGCACGGAGGGUUGCAAAAGGUGCUUUGGACAGCAACGACAAGCACAGCGACGAUGAUGGGCUUGCUUGGUUCACCGGAGAGGUUGACAGGAAAGUGGUUGGGUUGCUCACAGAGUACUGCGGCUUUGAGUCGGACAUGCGCCUAGCAUGCAUCCGAAGUUGGCAACGGCUUGUGGACGAGUUCACUGGAAUGCUCGCGUUCGCACCAAUGCCGUGCGUUCCAGCGAGUUUGCAUGACAUGGCCAAGAUGCGAGUCGGCACUGGCCAGUCAGGUCAGCUCAACUUCACUGAGGAGACGGUCAAAGUUGUGGUCAGCCUCGGCGAGGACGCCAAGCAUCGCGGUCUAGUCCGCCCUCUGCUAGAGCAGUUGGAACGGCGAAUGCGCUUGCUAGUUGAGCGCGACUUCCGCAGUGCAGUUGCCUGCUUGGAAGCGCGCUGUGGUGACGAGUUGGACAGGUUCUUCGAUCUCGUAGGCCAGGAAGAAUUUGAAGACAUGUCAGAUGGGGAGCCAGAACCAGGGGUGAAGCAGUUGACACCCAGCCAGAGUCUGCCCGCACUGACACCGCGUGAAAAGAAGGCCAACAGAUCAAGCAAGAGGGACGCCCGCAAGGGGGAGAUGACGAAGCUGAUUUUGGCAGGUGUACUGAAGGCUUUGCUGAACCAUGCCGAUGAUGUCAUCUCCUCAACUCUGCAGGGGAGCAUUGAGUUCGAUGACCACAAUGAGCCAAUCAUUGAUCCCGUGACUCAGCGCCCACGCAUGCGCGAGAGGUCUGGAAUUAUGGUUCGGGUGGAUGAGAACACAACCUCACCUGGACCUUUGCAUUGGAUGCUGCCCUUCAAGUUCAACAACAGUGGGCAGGUGAGCUUGCGCAAGUUGCUUUUCAACGAGCGGAAGCUGCUGAAAGGUAGCAAUCAAGGCCUGGGUUGGCACGCCAAGGUGAAGAGGCAGCAGCAAGGCUUCUUCAAGUCCGUCGGAUUGGGGUUGUCCACGUGCUGCGAGAAGCAGGCAGACGACGACGCCGGUCGCCCAGAGAUCCCUUGGAGCCGCAAAUUGAUUGAUGAGAUCGGCCUCCACUUUGAGGAUGGUACGCCGACCAUCAAUUGUAGCAAUGCGGUGAACCUGCGAAUUUUCCGCCUGUGCACCGAGGACUACGAAGUUCCAAUGAGUCCCAACGCUCCACCUCACCUCUACGACGUGGAGGUUCUGAAGCUGCUCAAGGCACUGCAGUUUGAAAUGGCAGCUGCCUGGGCAUCAAUGUGGAGGGGCAUGCUGCAGGAACUCACUGACAAAGACAAAGUCAGGGAGUUCGUUGCAGAGCGGAUGGUGAAUGAGCCCGUGGCAGACUAUGCUAUCAAGCUGGAUUGGGCCGCCGAGAGGCAACAGUCUGGAAGGAUCGAAAGAGACGCGACUCUGGAAGCCGUGGAUGCAGUGUGUGGAUGGCUAAGCGGUUCACGCGCUUUGCCCAACGACAUGCUGACGACGGAGGAAGAGAUUAAGAAAGCCGGUGAGGAAGCAAGAUGGCCGGACCAUCAAGGCUAUGUGGAGGUGCUGUCCCACGUAGACACCAAACAGGUGAAAACUGCUUUCAUGGCGAACAAGAACACAAAAUUGGCUGGGCAGCCGUCCUGGCUGCGCCUUUGUGACGAGUUCGUGUUUGUCAUCCUGCAGCUGAACAUGAAGAGGGUAUCCAACGAGGAGCUAAGCAUGGCAAAAGCAUCAGCAGGCAUGAUGUCUGCAGCCGGUCAGCAAGAAAUGAUUGCAAAGCUCGCUCUGCAUCGCAUGUCUCAGCUCAAUAUGCACAGUCAGAAGGUCUUCAUGAAACGCUUCAACUUCCUCUGGGGGCGAGAUGUCUCAACUGCCCUCACGGCCAUGGAAGGUGUUGCGCAAAGCCUGCGGAACGUCACCAAGAAUGGCAUGAACGGAGGGGAUUGGUUGGAGGAGCAGCUCCAUCUAUACAAGGACAAGGUCAUCCAGGGCACGCUGCGGGCUCUACAGGACAAGUUUGAUGGCCUGUUCCCCGUAGACUUCGCCAUUCUGAAUGGCAGAUUCCCCUUGAACUCCCAGAAGCUGCGGAGGCAGCACUUCGAGCUCCAAAACGAUGGAAGAAGUGUUCAGCAGCGCGAUGCCUACACGGAGAUCAAGGAUAUGUGGAUGACUGCACGAUACAAGCAAAUGCAGAACGUGGUGGUCUCACCAGCAGAUGGCAAGUCUCCCGGAACGAUACAGCUGAGCGUGGACGGAACCAUCAAUGCCUACGAGAACCUGCAGGAGCAGCGCGAGCGAGUUGAGCAGAUCUUCAACCUGCCAUGCCUCCAUCCUCCUGCAGCGGAUUAUGCAGGCGGCGCCUUCCAGGAGCUGUGCCUCAAAUUCUUCAAGGGAAUCCACGUCGAUGCCAUCCACUUCUGCCGGCCAAGGCUGAAGGCGAUGAUGGCGCGGCUCUACCAGGAAGAGCAUCUGAGAAGAGCUUUGCAAGAGAGCCCCGCCUUGGACUACCUUAAGGAUUUUGGCGGCCACAUCCUUGAGAAGCAGAAGUUGAGGAUGGAAAGCCUCAGGUGUAAGCUGUCUUCGAUGCAGCAGACGCUGAGAGAAACGGAUCGCACGAGGGCAAAUGCAGAGUACUGA